ACGCCAAAGAAGAUCAGACAGGCUUCGGAAAAACUUGCAUCAGGACCGAAAUUAGUGAUCCAGAUAAGGCAACAAAUUUAAAUCUAACAUCGGUCAGUGACAAAGCAACAAUGCAAGAGUCGACUACAAAUUCAUCCACUACGACCAGUAGAUCGAAAAAACGUCGAAAUCGACGCAAAUGUCGAAAAAUCGACACGUCGAACAUCGAAGACGACCCAGAAGACAGUGGUGACACCACUAAAAAAUCACAUGAUGAAGUAGAAAAUUCAGUUAGUGAUAAAACAAAUUGUGAUUUAGUUGUAAGUAGUGAUGGGAAUAGAUCUAGACCUAGACGCGAAUGUCAAAAAAUCGACACGUCGAACAUCGAAGAGGAUCAAGAAGAUAGUGGUGACCCCGCUAAAAAAUCACAUGAUGAGAUAGAAAAUUCAGUUAGUGUGAAUGAUUUAUCUGUGAAUGAUAAAACAAAUUGUGAUUUAGUUUUAAGUAGUGAUGGGAAUGGAUUUAGGCCUAUAUCGGAUUUUUUUAGUGAUGGGAAUAGAUCUAGGCCUUUGUCGGAUUUUGUGAGUGAUGAUAUUCCGACGACUUUGGUGAAAUUGACUGGUGGUGUUGUCAUCACAGAUUUGGAUGAUGAUUGUGUGAUUUUAGGUGAGAUUGAUAUAGGUAGUGAUGAGAAACUUAAUAGGACUAGUUGUGAAAGUUUAGGCCAAGUGUGUAGUGUUAGUACAAUAGUGAUACCCGAAACAAGUGUUCAAAAAAGUGAAUCCGAAAACGAACUGUCUACCUUCAAAGACUAUUUACUAUCCAAAACUUCAGAACAAUACCGUGUAGAUUCCCCAGAUUUGCCCAAGCAAAAACUAGCAACCAAGAAGAGUCGGAGUUUGGAUGAAGACGACACAGGCUUCAAAAUUACAGAAGCAGUUUCUAGUGACUCCGUCAACGCACCUUCAGAAUGCCAAGCAGUGAUCUCCGAAGUCGAUUCUGAGGUCGAAUGGGAAACUGCAGAAGAACUUGACGUCGAAGAAGAAAACAGCACUCUGGAUCUACAAGAUUUGUCCGACACAUGCGACUCCGAGGUCCUAAUCAGCGACUUCCAAAUGGAAAAUUUUGAUGUCCUACCAGUAGAAAUCACUGACUUCAAGACCGCCGAAGACGAUGGUAAAAAUAAAACCGAUGCUUUGAACGAAAUGCGUAUCCGACGUGCCCGUAAACGUGCAGCCUUGGAGUCCCACUUUUUACCCCAAUUGACAAACCCAAGAUAUUUAGACGUCAUCCAGGAAGAAAGUGAAAGCAGUGGCAGCAAACGCAAUAGUACCGACUUUUUGGAUUUCAUGCGCACCAACGACGAGUACGACUUGGAUGAUGAUGUUUUUGAAGACCCUGAUUCCUACAAAGCCAGAUACAAAGGUCCUCAGGAGGUAAUGCGUAAUUGGACGUGCGGUAAAUUUUUAAACCGUGAAACUGGUGAAAUGAUGCUUGUCCGGGGCCAAGAUAGUGCCAACGAGUGCUUGUUGCUAGGCACAAAACUUGUGGACACUGAGGCACCUACAUCAAUAUGCAGCGACUGGGUUAAAACUAACUUGCAGGAAAGUUUUGAUGAGGCUCCUGAGGUCGUGUAUUUGGAGGAAACACCUUCAAGCAGCACUGGAAGUGUCAACGAUGAUGUAGAUGAUAGUGGGGGGCGCUUUAGCCCCGAGUUUGAUAUUGAAAAUGUUGAUUUGGUGUUGAGGGGGUACGAUGCCCUCACACGCAAAGCCCUGGCAGAAAACAAGAUGACUGAUGAGAAAGGAGACAAGGACAAAAUUUGUACUGACUAUGAUGAGAAAGGAGACAAGGACAAAAUUUGUACUGAUUAUGAUGAGAAAGGAGACAAGGACAAAAUUUGUAUCGAUUACGAUGAGACAGGUAUAGGUGUAGAUAAAGUAGUUUUAUUACCUGACAGUGAAGGAUCUUCCCGUUGUUCCUCUCGUGCAACAUGCGUGCCACGCAUGCAAAGUCUCGAAGAAGAGUUCACGGAUCAACCAAAUGAUUGUUUUGCAGGAGGAGUUGGGCCGACAUCCCUGAGGACCUUGUGUCUGCGGGCUAUUGCUGCCCAACCUUACGGCGAGGACAUUCUUCAAGAACUGGCGGAGGUUGCUCGGAACUUGGAUAUGAAUACCAGGAAAGAGUGCAAAAGGUUUGUACGAGAUGUUAAGGUUACAACACCACCUGUGGGCAUGGGGAGACGAUUGAGCACGGGAUCGAAAUCACCGCCCAUUGGGAGUGAGGAGGGUUAUCAGAAUUUCAGGAGGCAGUCUGGUCCGGAGGAAAAGAAUCUGAUGGAUUUGAUGUCACCAAUAAUGACUGAUGAUGAAUUGGCAUCGUCGGAGGCAUCCAGGGUGCCUCCAAGACCUGAUUUAAUAGAUCUGGUUACCAUUAAGUCUCCAACGCCCACAAAUACCAAAGAUCAACAGUGGGUUUUAGGAGUGCCCACUAAAAGCGAUCCAGGUGUUUUGAUGUGCUUAUCCAAAAAGCAAACUGAAGUCAAAAUUGAACCAAACACCGCCGAUGCGAUUUUGGAUUUGCACGAGAAGUAUUUGGAACGUGUGACAUCUCCAGAUUUUAGUGCCAUACCUAGGCGCACCUUGGAUCACUAUGAGACUACACGUGUUGAAAAUUUGUACAAAUCUGAGAUUUUAAAAACUGAAAACAGUCAGAGUGAUGGUACCGAUGUGAUGUUCAGGAAAACUUUGAAAGUUGGGAGGAUCCUGAAUACUCUGCUGAUGACAGGACUAAAAGGUUGCUCAAGAAUGAACUGUUAAGGACUUGCAAGUCC